AUGGUGCUGCUCAGCAAACUUUCCGAGCAGUCAAUUGCCGAUAACUUGAAGAAACGGUUUCAUGCAAAUAGCAUUUUUACAUAUAUCGGGCCGGUGCUCAUCUCGGUGAAUCCAUUCAAACAAAUGCCGUAUUUCACUGAAAAGGAUAUGGAUCAGUAUCAAGGAGCAGCGCAGUACGAAAACCCGCCGCACAUCUACGCCUUAGCUGAUAAUAUGUACAGGAAUAUGUUAAUCGAUAGUGAGUCCCAAUGUGUGAUCAUUAGUGGUGAAAGUGGUGCCGGUAAAACCGUUGCUGCCAAAUACAUCAUGAGCUACAUCUCGCGAAUCUCAGGAGGUGGACAGAAAGGUCCAGACUCAUCCUGCAAUCGAACCCUCUGUAUGAAUCAAUUUUGGAAACAUGCGAACAGUUGUAACUGGAAUUGUCGCGUUUUCGUCGAACUGACGAACUUCCUGCUCGAAAAAUCGCGUGUAGUUCGACAAAAUCGUGGUGAUCGGAAUUUUCAUAUUUUCUAUCAGCUGUGCGCCGGCGCCGACAAGAACAUCAGAUCGACGCUCGGCAUUGGAGAUCUCGACUACUUCAACUAUCUGAAUCAGAGCGGUGUGUACAAGGCUCCAGAUACUGAUGACGCCAAAGAGUUUCAGAACACACUGCAUGCAAUGAAAGUUGUGGGCAUCAGUGAAGAAAUCCAGUUGGAAAUACUGAAGAUCGUUUCCGCUGUACUGCAUAUCGGAAACAUCUCUUUUGUCGAGGAGAGGAAUUUCGCCGCCAUAGAAAACGCAGAUUUUCUGCAAUUUCCUGCCUAUUUACUUGGUCUUUCUACAGAAGCCAUUCAAGGCGCGAGAAAGCUUACUGGCGAGAAUGAUGGAAAGCUAAGUACA